AUGGAAGGCAUGAUGCUUGUGCAAGCAGGCGGCACUGUUCAAAAGAAGAUUUGGGAAGCAAUGAACAAGGACUAUGAUAAGGGAAAGAGUAGAAAACGAGCCAGAAUGGCCAAGAAAGCUGCUCCUGCUAAAAAGCCAGAAAAGGCUGUCAAAGUUUCUACUGUGAUGGAUACUAAGAAUGGUUAUGCACCUGCAUUUGAGGAAGGCACAAAGUCUAAUUGUGGCAGUCUUGGUGAUAUGCAACUGUCAAAUGAGAAGAACAAUCAUGAUGAUGAGUUUGAACGUGAAAGUAAUGGUUACAGUGAAAAGGCUGAAGCCAGACAAGGCCAAGAUGACGAUUCAUAUGUUGCAAAUGACAAAUAUAAUGGAUACAAUUAUGAUGAUGAAUGCAAUUAUGAUGAGGAAUGCGAUUUUGAAGAAUUGACUUAA